AUGUCUAGGCGGCGGAAUCUCCAAGCGGCAACUGAACAACCACCAUCCCCGGAUUCCUUUGCUCCGAAUCAAGUGAUUUGCUUGGUUGGACAAAGCAAGGGAUCGAAUGUCUUUGAAGUCACAGACGUGACUGGUCAAACAUUACUUGUCGAGCUUCCAUCCAAAUUCCGAAAAAGUGUAUGGAUAAGGAGAGGCAGCUACGUGAUAGUUGCAAGGACCGAAGAGUUGUCCGGCACCAAGCUUCAGGGUGUGAUUGAGUUCGUUAUCACCGCAGACCUACUUAAAGAAUGGAAGCGCAAAGGGUUGUGGUUAGUCGAGCCUCAAUUCACGAAGACUGAGUCUACUAAAAAUCCGUCUGAGGCCUGA